AAAAAAAAAAAAAAAAAAGGUGUAUUACAGUUGUUGCACGGAAGAAGAAAUAGAACUCACCUUUCUUUCUUUCUUUCUUUCUUUCUUCCUUCCCUUUCUCUCUUCAUUAUUAGCAAUGUUAAAUGAUGAUCAUUCUUUCGAAUUCAUACCACAAACUGAUGAAUAUACACAACUUUUAACUGAAUUGCAUCAUGAAUAUUGUAAAGAACAGCCAAAGGAUGUACUUCAGUUUUGUUCCAACUUUUUCUUUCGUAAAUUGGAGGAACAACGAGCAGCACGUAGAAAAAAUAAUAUCCAAACUUCUAGUGAAGUACAUCCUUUAUAUGAAGAUGCUGGCUUUAUAGAACAAGAUAAAUUUGGAGAUAUCUUAUGGACUGAUACUCAUUUAACUAGUUUAAGUGAAGAAGAAAAGGUAGGGGAAGAUAAUGAUGAUGACGACGACGAAGAAGAACUUGAUAAAUUUUCAACUGAACUUUUACCUUCAUUACCACCUACUAACUAUAAUCGUGGUCGACGUACAUCUGUUAGUGCAGAAUCAAUGGCACCUAGUACGAAUAAAGAAUUUGUUAAAGUAGUUAUUCCUAAAACAGCUGAACAAGCUAUACGUAUUAAAACAAGUAUUGGACAUAAUUUUUUAUUUCGUAACUUGGAUGAAGAUCAAUAUUUGGAUAUUAUCAAUGCUAUGACAGAAAAGCAUAUUGUAAAAGGAACAACUAUAAUCGAACAGGGGGGAGUAGGAGACUACUUUUAUAUAGUUGAGUCAGGUACCUUGGACUGUUUUAUUAACGGUAUGAAAGUAACCAAUUAUGAAACAAAUGGAAGUUUUGGUGAAUUAGCUUUAAUGUAUAAUGCACCACGUGCUGCUACUAUCAUUACAACUUCAGAUUGUGUUCUUUGGGCAUUAGAUCGUGUUACGUUUCGUACAAUUUUAAUGGAGAAUACAUCACGUAAAAGACGCAUGUAUGAAAAGUUUUUAUCAGAGGUUAUCUUGUUAAAAUCAUUAGAAUCUUAUGAAAAACAUAAAAUUGCAGAUGCACUUGAAUCCAUUUAUUUUGAAGAUGGACAAGAAGUUAUUAAACAGGGUGAUAUAGGAGAUCAAUUUUAUAUUAUUGAAUCAGGUCAAGCCAAUGUAUAUAAAACUAUAAAUGGUGUACUAAAGCAAGUAAAUCAACUUGAAAGAGGUUCCUAUUUUGGAGAAUUAGCCUUAUUAAAUGAUGCACCUAGAGCUGCAACUGUAAUUGCUAAUGGUAAACUUAAAUGCGCUACACUUGGAAAGAAAGCAUUUACACGUCUUCUUGGUUCUGUUUUGGAUAUUUUAAUGCGUAAUUCUGAAAAUUAUCAUGCUGUUAUCAAUCAACAAUUUACUUUUUAACUAAAAAUCAUAUGCAGCUUAUCUCCUUUUUUAUUAUUAUUAUUUAUUUAUUUAUAGAUUACUUUUUUUUUCUUCUUCCUCUUCUUCUUUUCCUUCUUCUUCUUUCUUUCGAAAAUAAAAUUAUGACAGAUAUCAUGA